AUGCUUAGAGGAACCAGAAGACCCGCACACUCUACUUUAAACACGCCUGUAGUGGUACAUCAAGUCGGAACCCCAUCGUAUCUAUCGAAAGAAGAAGUACUCAAUUUCCUAUCCACAUUCAUAAGCGAGAAAGAAGCUAUCCCAGCAGUCUCAUUAGCAUCUAGAGCUGAAUCCGUCACCCAGACUUCUAUCACUUCCGGUGGUGUCAGCACCGAAGAAGUAGCAUUGGACACACAGUUGUCCAGUGCACUAGCGCAGUUGAAAAGAGUCGAAAGAGACUUCAAGGGCUUGCCUCCCCAGGUGUUAGAGACAGAACCAUCAUCAUCAAACACUGCUCAGAAGACCACCCCAGAUGUAGAUACCGUUGAAAAAUCGGCCACAGGAGGAAAAAAGAUAAAGUUUGCUGAUGAGUCGGAACCUUCAGAAACUGUUAAUGCAUCUGGAGCCUCCAAGGACACCUCAGACUCGUCUUCCUCAGACUCAUCCUCGUCAGACUCCGAAUAG